AUGGCGCGGCGCCUGGGGGCCGGGCUGGUGUCGGCGCUGCAGGCGCUGCUGCUGCUGCUGCUGUGCGUGGGGCGGUGCGUGGGGCGGGGGCCGGCGAGGCCGCCCCACUUGGUGCUGGUGCUGGCCGACGACCUGGGCUGGAACGACGUGGGCUGGCACGGCUCGGAGAUCCGCACGCCCGCCCUCGACGCCCUGGGGGCCGGCGGGGUGCGCCUGGAGCGCUACUACGCCCAGCCCCUCUGCACCCCCUCCCGCAGCCAGCUGCUCACCGGCAGGUACCAGAUCCAUACAGGAUUACAGCAUCAAAUAAUUUGGCCGUGCCAGCCCAGCUGUGUCCCACUGGAUGAAAAACUCCUACCUGAGCUAUUAAAGGAAGCAGGAUAUGUUACCCACAUGGUGGGCAAGUGGCAUCUGGGAAUGUACAGAAAAGAGUGCCUUCCUACCCGUAGAGGGUUUGAUACUUACUUCGGCUACCUUCUUGGAAGUGAAAACUACUAUUCUCAUGAGCGUUGUGUGGCCAUUGUGUCAAAAAAUAUCACAAGAUGUGCCCUUGAUUUUCGAGAUGGAGAAGAAGUUGCAGUUGGAUUUGAAAACAUGUACUCUGCUAAUGUAUUUACCAAAAGAGCUGUAGAUCUUAUAGCCAAUCAUCAAACUGAGAAGCCUCUCUUUCUCUACCUUGCUUUGCAAUCUGUCCAUGAUCCUCUUCAAGUCCCUGAGAAAUACACAGAACCAUACUCCUUCAUCUGCAAUGAAAAUAGACGCAAAUAUGCAGGAAUGGUAUCCAUUAUGGAUGAAGCUGUAGGAAAUGUCACUACAGCCCUGAAGAGCCAUGGACUUUGGGACAACACUGUUUUCAUCUUCUCUACAGAUAAUGGAGGCCAAACAUUGGCAGGUGGAAAUAACUGGCCGUUAAGAGGAAGGAAGUGGACCCUGUGGGAAGGAGGAAUGAGAGGGGUUGGAUUUAUUACGAGUCCUUUACUGAAACGGAAGGGAGUGGAGAGUCAUGACCUUAUUCACAUUUCUGACUGGCUGCCAACCCUGGUGAGCCUCGCUGGAGGACAUAUAAACGGCACAAAGCCUUUAGAUGGCUUUGAUAUGUGGGAAACUAUCAGCGAAGGAAAACCUUCCCCCCGAAAGGAGCUGCUUCAUAACAUAGACCCUAUGUUCGUGGAUCCUUCUCCAUGUGCAGAUCUCAGCAGAAGUACAGCACUGCAAAGUAAUUAUUUUUCAUGGGAAGAUUCAAUUUUCAAUACUUCCAUACAUGCUGCAAUUCGAUAUGGAAAGUGGAAACUAUUAACAGGCAAUCCAGGCUGUAGUCACUGGUUUCCAGCACCACCGUUAUUCAACGAGUCCAAGACACUAUCCUCUGACCCACCAACAAAGAAACUUUGGCUCUUUGAUGUUGUUAAUGAUGCUGAGGAAAGAAAUGAUUUGUCAGAACAAUAUCCCAGCAUUGUGAAAAAACUUCUCUCCCGUCUUCAAUACUACUACAAGAACUCCGUUCCUGUAUUCUACCCAGACGAAGACCCCCGUUGUGACCCAGCAGCAACUGGGGCCUGGGGGCCUUGGAUGUAGAAAACUGCACAGCACAGCUGUAAGAAUAUGUCUGCUGUACAGGUUAUAAGGCUGAUUUCCUUCCUACGCUUGUGCACAUAAAAAUGUACACUCCCUUGUAUACAAGUAUAGAUUUGUGUGUACAAAAAUGCACCAAGGAAAUCAGUCCAGUGACUCAGGGACUUUGCACAAAUCUGUCUGACCUUGUUUAUUUUAUCUCAACAGAGUCAGCUUUAGGCCUUUGGAUUCAGUUUUUCUUACUCAGAGUAGUGUGGAGGUUCCAGUU